UCUGGCUAUUGUUCUCCACCAACAACGUCACAACUCAGAACGUCUCUCUCGACAAAAACUAUUUGAGAACCACCUUCAAACUCGUGCAAUCCACCCCCAAAAUCCCCUCCCCUCCCCUGCAAUCCCAGUAUCCCACAACAAAUUCGAUCAGCAUCGAUCCCGAUUCGUCCCAAACCCUGCCUGCCCCGCACCCCGCGCCAAUCCCACCCACAUUGCUCGUCUCACCCCCAGAUCUGGGCUCCAGUUGCAGAAGCUCCAGAUCCCACGCUGCUCUCUCGUAGCCGCCCCGCGAUUUGCGCGACGCCAAGCUGGCUCCGCAGAAGCGGCCACAGCGCGUCGGCGGGGGCGGUGGCGCGGCCGCUGCCACCGCUGCCGCGGCGUCGUCCGCCGCGGCUGACUCGGGGGACGCGGUGAUGGCCCGGUGGCUGCAGUCCGCGGGGCUGCAGCACCUCGCGGUGUCCUCCUCAGCUCCUGGGCCCGGGCUGGCGAUGGGGAUGGCCGGAGACCUCCGCGGCGGCGGUAUCCUCCCGAACCUUCUCAUGCAGGGGUAUGGGCCCCAAUCGAUCGAAGAAAAACAGAAGCUUUACAUGCUAUUAAGGAGCCUGAAUUUUAAUGGCGAAUCAGCAUCUGCACCUAUAUCUGAGCCAUACACACCGACAACCCAGAGCUUCAGUGGUGGCCCCCCCAUAGAUGGAUUCUACUCACCCGAACUUAGAGGUGAAUUCGGAGCUGGCCUUUUGGAUCUUCAUGCAAUGGAUGACAGUGAGCUUCUUUCUGAGAAUGUAGCAUCAGAACCAUUUGAAGCUUCACCCUUUGUGCCAAAGGAAACUGAUGACGAUGAGGACGAUAUAAUAUCAAGAAGCCAGCAAGGUCUAUCAGAAAAUUAUGGUGGUGCAAUCACAAGAGAAAAAGAGAGCAAUACUAAAGAAAGUAAUGUAGGAAAGAUUAAAGUUGUGGUAAGGAAGAGGCCUCUGAACAGAAAGGAAAUAUCUCGAAAGGAGGAUGACGUAAUAGAUGUACAUAAUUCUCAAUUCUUGACUGUUCAUGAACCUAAAUUAAAGGUGGAUUUGACGGCUUAUGUGGACAAACAUGAAUUCUGCUUUGAUGCUGUCCUGGAUGAGGCUGUAACUAAUGACGAGGUGUACCGGGAGACUGUGGAGCCCAUUAUACCAAUAAUUUUCCAAAGGACCAAAGCAACAUGCUUUGCAUAUGGCCAAACAGGUAGUGGUAAGACAUAUACAAUGCAACCCCUACCUCUAAGGGCUGCACAGGAUAUGGUUCAUCUUUUGCAUCAACCUGUGUACCUGAGUCAAAAUUUCAAGUUGUGGCUUAGCUACUUUGAGAUAUAUGGCGGGAAGCUUUAUGACCUUUUGAGCGAAAGGAGGCCACUCUGCAUUAGGGAAGAUGGAAAGAAACAGGUCUGCAUUGUUGGCUUACAGGAAUUUGAGGUUUCUGAUGUCCGGAUUGUCAAAGAAUACAUUGAGAGAGGAAAUGCCUCGAGAAGCACAGGAUCAACUGGGGCCAACGAAGAGUCAUCACGAUCUCAUGCUAUUCUGCAAUUAGCUGUGAAGAAGCAUAUCCCAGUGACAGAGACCAGAAGACAGAGAGAUCGUGAGGCUAAUGAAGCUAAAAAUACAAAGCUUGUGGGAAAAUUGUCAUUUAUAGACCUUGCUGGAAGCGAGCGUGGUGCUGAUACAACAGAUAAUGACAAGCAGACAAGAAUUGAGGGUGCAGAAAUAAACAAGAGCCUUUUGGCUCUCAAGGAAUGCAUUCGGGCACUGGAUAAUGAUCAGAUACAUAUUCCUUUCAGAGGAAGCAAGCUAACCGAGGUGCUUCGUGAUUCGUUUGUUGGUAACUCUCGAACAGUAAUGAUUUCUUGCAUCUCACCGGGUUCAGGUUCAUGUGAACACACGCUAAAUACCUUAAGAUAUGCUGACAGGGUUAAGAGUCUCUCGAAAAGUGGCAACUCAAAAAAAGAGCAGUUCAGUGGGCAGUUUGUGUCCUCCAGCAAGGAAUCUACCCAUACAUCAUAUCCAUUAUCAGGUGAAGCUGAAGAAACUGUUGACCAGAUUGAAGAGAACAGACAUAUUGAUGCUUCAAGGAGAGUUGUUGAAAUCUGCAUGAGUUCUUCAGUGGAUCCUGAUAGGAACUCAUUUAGUAUGAUUCCAAGUUAUCCUCAUAGAGGAAGGGAAGAAACUAGUUCAACAUCUAGUUUGAAUGAUAGGGAGAGAAUUGAUUUCAAAUCUAACCUGCCUGGUUAUAGUAGUAAAGCACAGUCACUUCAGAAUUCAGUUAAUUCACAAGAAGAAGAUAAAGUUACAAAAGUCUCACCUCCUCGGAGAAAAGCUAAUAGGGAGGACAAAUCUGAAAGGCAGAACAACUAUGUGAAAAAGGAAAAUGGGGCAGAUGUAAAUCGGAUUGUUCACAAACAGCAACUGAAACAGCAGCAGCAAAGACCACCGUCUACUUCGGCAUCACAGGUUUCAUCGAGACAAUCUGAAAAGGAAAGUUCGUGUGAUGAGGAAAUAAAUGCAAUACUUGAGGAAGAGGAGGCAUUGAUAGCAGCUCACAGAAAGGAAAUUGAAAAUACUAUGGAAAUAGUGCGGGAAGAGAUGAACCUAUUAGCAGAUGUUGACCAACCAGGUAGCCUUAUUGACAAUUAUGUGGCACAACUGAAUUUUCUCCUGUCACGGAAGGCGUCCGGCUUGGUCAGUCUCCAGGCACGCUUAGCAAGGUUUCAACAGCGCCUCAAAGAAGAGGAGAUCCUUAGCCUUAAGAAACCAUCAAGAUAGUUUAACCGAAAAUUUAAAACCAAUUGGCUUGUCAUGAAUUGCAAGGAGCCGUGAGCGGGAGGUAUGUUUUAUUCUGAUCUCCCAUGUGAUCACAUUUCACAUAAGAGCUUGAAGAACUGAGUCUAAAAACCUGGGAAAAUGAGAACCUGGGAAUGAGUAACAAAUAGAGUUGUGCAGGCGCUUGGUUUUGAGGUUUUCCCUGCAGUUUGCUCAUUUUUUCUCUUUUCUUCAAAGGGUUGUUUCAUUCUUUUUUUUUCGGUGGUGGCAUGAUUUGUCAUUCUUGCCACAUUCUUUUUGUAUGAAUAUAGUGUAACUGGUGUUUGAAGAUGAGGAAAUUAUACUUGUACCUUGGCAACAUAGAAACUAUUGUUGUAUUGUGUGUAUCAAGAAAGGCAACAUUGUGGUAAGAUCUUCAGGAAUAUUUAAGUAGCAAGAAUCUGGAACAUGGUUCGUCGUUUGGACGGUGGAUUUA